CCCUUUUAAAUUGAAUAAUUUGUAUGAUAAAAUGAGAUUUUUUUAAUGACGAAAAUAGAAGAUACUGUAUGUCCCGCAGUUAAGUGUUGCUACAACAAGUUAUCGACCAUGGCAAAGGCAACGACAAUCAAAGAGGCAAUAACAAGAUUUGAGGAGAAAGAGAAAUGUAAAGCCGGUGAGUCUAAGGCAGUCAUGCUGUAUGGACAGAUACCUCCAAUAGAAAAGAUGGAUGCUUCUCUAUCUACACUCAAUAACUGCGAACAACUUGCUCUUUCUACAAAUGUUAUUGAAAAGAUUGCAAACCUAAAUGGUUUGAAGCAUCUGAAAAUUCUAUCAUUGGCUAGAAACAGUAUAAAGUCAUUGACUGGAUUGGAAGCUGUUGGUGACACACUUGAAGAAUUGUGGAUAUCUUACAACAACAUUGAGAAGUUGAAGGGAAUCAAUGUGUUGAAGAAACUAAAGAUUCUCUACAUUCGACAAAACAAUGUGAAAGAUAUGAACGAAUUCAUGAAACUGGCAGACUUGCCAUGUAUGAUAGAGCUUGGUUUUGUUGGCAAUCCUCUGGCAGAUGCCCUUUCUGAAGUAAGCAGUGAAAACUAUACUGAAACAAUAACAAAGAAGCUACCAAAAUUGAAGCGUCUAGAUGGGUUCACAGUUAUUCGUGAGGACCAGGAGGACGAAGAUUGAUGUGUGAAACAUGGAAAUAUAUUAAAACUUUGAAUAGUGCCAUAAAUAACCAUUAAAGCUGCAUACCUCCAGAUGAGACAAAAUAUUUUAAGAAAAUCAAAUUGGAGUAAAAAUGUACUAAGAUUUAAAGAAAAGUAAAAAGAUUCAAGUAAAAAAUUA